UUCAUCAGUAAACCAAUAGAGCAACCUAAAAGAACACCCCAAAUUACUACUAGUUUGAAAAAUAAUAAGAAACCAUGACAACUUCAGAGGCCGUAGAAAUGGGGAAGGAGCUCUACUUGGCAGCCGCGAAUGGUGAUGUAGAGUUCCUUGGAGAAGGAAAGAGUAAAGAGUAUUUACUUAGGAAAACCUACGAAAAAAAUAACAUCAUUCACAUAGCAAUUAGACAUGAACAACAUGAUUUCAUAGAAGCAUGUCUAGAAAAAUUUACAAUUAGUGAGAUAAUUAGUGGGAAUUCCAAAGAAAACAACCCUCAUCAUAUUGCUGCUGAGGUAGGUAAUUUAUUGAUAAUGAGCUUAAUUUAUGAUUAUAUUGAAGAGAGGAUUGAAGGGUAUGUAGGUGAGACACCUUGGAAAGUCCAAAACUUUAGAGGUAAUACUCCUCUUCAUGUUGCUAUUAUCCAUGAAAAUGUCAAUAUUGGUAAAUUUUUGUUGGAGAAAGAUCCUUCUUUAGCUUCUAUUGUCAACAAGUCAAAGGAAGCACCACUUCAUCUUGCAAUCAAACAACAUGUUAAUUAUACUGUGAGUGAAUCAAUAAUGGCUAGAGUGCAACAACCACUACACGAAGGAGGAGCAGCUCUAACAAUCCGAUCAGCGCCGCAAGAAGAUAUGUCAGUCAUGAUAAAACUUCUAGUUGAGAAAGCGAGUAACGUUACAUGUUUUCCUGAUGCAAAAGGAUUGACUCCUCUUCAUCGAGUAGCAACACUCAUCACACCUUAUAAUCUAAAGUUCACGAAGUUAAUACUGGAUAAUUGUCCGCAAUCUGCGGAGGUGUGUGAUAAUACUGGCAAGUCCAUCUUACACCUUUUGAUCAAUAAAAUCCCAAACUACCAUGAAACAUUGAAUUUGCUUAAUCGUAAGGAGAUGUAUGCCUUGAGAAAUCAUCAGGAUCACCAUGGAAAUACACCAUUACAUGUUGCUGCGAAGAAUAUGGAAAUAAAUAUGGUGCGAUUUUUACUUGAAUCCUCGGCGAAACUCAAUAUCAAUAAUAUGGAGGGUAUCUCAGCAGCUUCUGCUAUACAACAACAAGAUGUGCUUCAGAUGCUGAGAAAACGAAUAUUGACGAGGGAGGAAAUUGAAGCAACAGACAAAGCAAACAUAAUCAUUCUAAGGGAAAGAAUGAGCAAAUUAGGAAUGGAUUUCUUACUCUCACAAGAUUCAAAAGGAAAAAACAUCCUUCAUAGAAUAAUGUUGAUUAAGAAGGAAAACCGUGUAAUUCUAGACGACUUUGUGAAUUUCGUUGAAGAAGCACUCGAAAGCUUUCCAUCACUUAUUCGUCAAACAGACAGUAAAGGAGACACUCCGAUUCAUAUCCUUGUGCGAAAUCAUCCUGAUACCACAAUCUAUGUUGCUUCAGAAGAUCAGGAUAAUGCGCGACACAAUGAUAACGAUGGUAACCCCGACUAUGUUUUCUCAACAUUAUGGCGAUCAAAUCUUUUGCCAUUGUUACUAGAGAAGUGCAAUCAGUGUAUCGUUAAACUUGAAUACGAGGCUAGCGUUAAGGGAGCUCGUUUCGACUCGCCAUGGUUGGUGCAGAAUGAGGAUGGUAAUACGGCUCUCCAUGAAGCCCUCGAAUCGAAUAAUAACAUUAAUCUGGUGAAACGAUUGCUAACGUAUGAUCAGAAAUCGGUUAGUGUGGUUAAUAAAAAUAAAGAGACGCCUCUUCAUCUAUUCGCUUGCCGUCUGUUUGGGCCUAGUCCAUUAUCCUAAGCCCAGUGACCUGAAAGUAC